UGUAACCCCGCCGCUCUCUCUCCCUCUCAAAAGAGAAUCCCAACGCCGUCCCUACAAGUUCCAUAGCAGAUUUGGUAUUUACCAAAGAGCCUCGUCGGUAGCACUGAAUCCAAUUCUCAGUGUCUCAAUUACUCCAUAGUCAAUCGUGAAACCCUAGGCCAUCUCUCUCUCUCUCUCUCUAAACCCAUGGCGUCGAGAUCCCGCAGCCGCAAGCUCUCCUUCGACAUACUCAACACCGCCACCGCAACCUCCUUAUACGACGACGACCUCGAAUCAAUCCUCUACCGAUCCAAUUCCGAUUCCUUCCCUCGCCAAAAUGGCCACCCACCGAAGCCGACUGGCCUAAAGCGCAACAACAGAGGAUCCAAGAAGAAGAGGAAGAAGCAGAGCGCGAUGAUCGACUGCUCCAUAUCCGAGGAUUCAAUUUUAGAUGAUCCACGAUCCGCGGUGACCGAGAACGGGUCAUGUAGAACUGAACCGGAAGCCAAUUGCGACAGUCACAGCGUCGAGAGCGUUAAUGUGUGUGAACCGGAGGAGAGUGUCGGUACGGUGUGUCCGGUUAGGGAAGCAGCAGACUUCCUUAGUGUGCGGGAUUUUGAGGGGAGAGAGUUGAGGCAGAGGAGUGUGACUGGUGGUGGGAGUGAGGGGGCCGUGUCGCGGAUUGACGAGGAGGAUACGGAGGAGAGUGGUUGUACGGAGGUGGAUUCUGUGUCGGCGAAACAACGGGUGGAACCGAACGGGAAUGCGGUUAGGAGGUUGGAGACCGCGGGGUCGUUGGAUUGGAAGCGGUUGAUGGCACAAGAUCCCAAUAAUGUAUUGUCUGUGGAGAAGUCUCCGUGGAAGUACUUUAUGGAGGAACUGUACAGUGGAAAUUCCUUAAGGAACACAACUACUCUUGGCAAUGAUAAAGAACGGGAAAGAGUAUAUGAUACUAUGUUCCGCUUGCCAUGGCGAUGUGAGCUGCUUAUAGAUGUUGGCCUCUUUGUCUGCUUGGAUUCCUUUUUGUCACUGUUAACAAUCAUGCCGGCAAGGAUUCUCAUGACCUUUGGGAAGCUUUUUAAAACAGGGCAGUUUGAAAAGCCUUCUGCUGCAGAGCUGUCUGACUUUGGCUGUUUCAUGGUUCUGGCUUGUGGGGUUGCUCUUCUUGAACAAACAGAUAUCAGCCUUAUAUAUCACAUGAUUCGUGGUCAAGGAACGAUCAAACUUUAUGUGGUCUACAAUGUGCUGGAGAUUUUUGACAAACUAUGCCAAAAUUUUGGUGGAGAUGUGCUGCAAACAUUAUUCAAUACAGCAGAAGGACUUGCUAACUGUUCACCAGAACACACUAGAUACUGGAUUUGGAGAUUCGUUUCAGACGAAGCAUUAGCUGCAGUUUCAUCAAUUGUUCAUUCAUUCAUCUUAUUAGCUCAGGCCAUUACAUUGUCAACUUGUAUUGUCGCUCACAAUAAUGCCUUGUUUGCUUUGUUGGUAUCAAACAACUUUGCGGAGAUAAAGAGCAAUGUAUUUAAACGCUUCAGCAAGGAUAAUAUUCAAAUUCUGGUGUAUCAUGAUUCGGUAGAACGGUUCCACAUUUCGGCAUUUUUAUUAUUCGUUCUAGCUCAAAAUAUUUUGGAAGCAGAGGGUCCUUGGUUUGAAAGUUUUGUUUCUAAUGCUCUCGUGGUUUAUAUCUGUGAAAUGAUGAUUGACAUAAUAAAACAUUGUUUUAUUGCUAAAUUUAACGACAUAAAGCCAAUUGUGUACUCUGAAUUUCUCGAAGAUCUUUGCAAACAGACUCUGAAUAUGGAAACGGAAAAUGGGAAGAAAACCCUUACUUUUGUCCCUUUGGCACCAGCAUGUGUGGUAAUUAGAGUAUUGGCUCCAGUUUAUGCUGCUCAUCUUCCUUAUAGUCCACUUCCGUGGAGGCUCUUUUGGAUCUUGCUACUGUCUGCCAUGACCUUUGUCAUGCUUGCGAGCCUCAAAGUGAUGAUUGGCAUGGGCCUUAAGAAGCAUGCCAAGUGGUACGUCAAUAGGUGCCAGAAGAGAAAACUUCACUCUGACUAAGCGAAUAGAAGAGAGAUCAAGUUUAUACAACGAACCAACUUUUCUUUCUUCAGAGGGUGCUCAAGACUUGCAUAUUUGAUAGUGAUGACUGAUGAGAGAGGUCCCAGGUAAGUACAGAAAACAUGACCGAGGGUACUAUAGUCUUUUUCCCAGCGAAGGGGUGGUUCGGUGUCUCAGAGUUGUGUCUCUCAGUAGUUCACUCCCAAUUUUGUUACAGAAAAAGCCAUCUAUUGAGUCCAAAACAUAGAUUUUUUUUCUGUAUUCAUCCAUGUUGACAAGAUUUUUAUGCUCCAAAGUCAUAAUGUAUUAUGCUCUUAGUUUUUCAUGUUUUAAGUGGAAAAAACUGCUCAUGACAAUACUAGAUUAUUAGAUAUUCUUCGUACAA